AAUUUCUUCAGUUGUGUUGUGAGCGUCGGUCCGUUUGGUCGUAAAGUUGUUAUCCUCGUGCGUGCGUUAUUUUUUUGAAUUUCUGGCUGUCCCCGUGUGUGUUGCCAAAGCAAAAAAAGAAGUAAGAAGCAAAAGUUCGUUGCGCGUUUGGUUCGUGAAAAUUGUCUCGAAAAGUGUGAUAACUGUGGGAAAGUGUCGCCGUGUAAAUUGUUUGUCAGAUUUGCCGUAAACAAAAAGGAUUACCUGCAGCAGAAAAGCCGGAUAGCUUGCUUGAAAGAGAAUUUUCAACCCGAAAAGGUCGCAGCAUAAAUCGAGAUCUUCCAUCAGCUAAAAACACGCACACGCCAUGUCACUGCAGGUCCAGUCGAGCCAACCGGCAGCCGCUCCGUCCGGUCGCCGUACACCACAGGUGUACCAAAAUCUGGUGGCCACCCCACCGGCGGCUCCGGCCAGCGCCACCCCAACUCCGCCCACCAACGGCAACAGCACCAGCAAUAAAUCUUCAUCAGGGAACAAGCUCUCGCUGAAGGGUUCCUCCAGUGGCAAGUCCAGCCCGGCGGCUUCUUCGGGCAAAGCCAGCCCGGCACCAACUCAACCAACCGUGACGGUCACACCGGCUACGCCGCAGUCCGCACCCGUCGUGGCCAUCGUCGAUCUGGUUAGCGACGAAAAGGUGGCGUCGCCAGCGAAGGCCACCGCUGAGAAGAAGGAAGUCACCAAUGGCAAGGACACGAACGGCAAGCACGAGGAGGCGGUGAAGGAAUCUCCGCGCAAGGAGACCAAGGCCAGCCCGAAGGCUAGCCCGAGAGCGACUCCGCAGAAGAGCAUCCCGGUGGAGCAGGUCAAGACGCCGGAGACGGUUUCGCCGAAGAAGCCUGCCGCUUCUGCUGCAAAGGAGGUUAAGGAAGCCGCGCCGGAACCCGCAAAAAAGAAGGUGGACAACUCGUUGGUCGGAGAGAAGACCCUCAAAGGGUUCACCGCCGAAGGAGACGAGAUGGAGUCGCUGGUUGUGGAACCGUCCGAGUACGAGGAUUCGCCAAUGCCACCCCGCACCGGUGGAAAGUCCAAGCUGCUGAAGGGAGGCCCCCCAACCCGGGCUCGAAUCAGUCCCUUCCGGGUGGCACAGGAAGCGGUGGCCGUAGCCAACGCUAGCACUGUGGUCAACCUGAGCACCGUCAGCGAGGGACAGCACGCUGAGUCGAACGAAUCCUCCCCGGCGGUUGACUUCAACCGGCCACUGCGCGCCAUUUCCGGCCGUCGCUCGACGCGUCCCCUGACCGAUAUUCAGUUCUCGUACCGCAAGCCGACAGCCGAUCUGAACGACUCCUCGUCCAGCUUGAACGUCACCGUCGGUUCGGAGAUCCACAACGACAGCCUGCGCACCCCCGCCGGCUCGUCCCGCAAGCGCAAGGCCAUGACCCCGGAAUCGACCUCCGACGCGCUGGACGUUAAGGAACACACCGACAGCCCCAAACGCACCCGGCUCGACUUUAGCGGCUUCCUCGGAAUCGUCGCCAGCCCGGUCACCAUGCUGAAGAACCGCUUCUCCCGGGUCCGACUCCACGCCAGCACGCCCGUCGCCAAACGCAGCUUCGAAACCGAGGAGGACCUCGUCGGCAAGGUCGUCACGGCUGAAGCCACCACGACCACGGCCAACAUCUCCGGUGGAGCCGCCGCUGACAACAAAAUGGAAGUCGAACCGGCAGCGGAAACCGCCGACAAGACCGAGCAGAAACCGGAGGAAUCCAGCACCACGAUCAAGGAAGGCCAAACCGACGUCCCCGCCAGCGAAGAUGCCUCCACCGCCGAAGAGGCCAAAGAGGACUCGGUCGAGGUCAAAGACGUCACCGACAAGCAGCGGCGUUGUGUCAUCAUGUAAAGUGACCCAUUUUGUAUUGUAAUUUUACUCUCUCUCUUCUUUUAAUUUGCCCCCCACCACACCCUUUAUUUCGAUGCAAGUGUUGCAUUUUUUCCGCAACUCCCGAAUGCUGUGAGGGCGCACCUUAAAAAAACACUACUUUUUAAUGUUUUGUAAGUCCAGCACACCAUAAAAAAGCGGGGUGGUAUAAAGAAGAACCGAACGCGCGUUCUUCGACCGAUUACAAAUAAAGCAAAAAUGUGUAUUUUAAAAAUAUCCGGCAAAACCGCGUCGCUCUGAAAUCUUUUUUACAAA